GAAAACAGAAAAAUAUAGCAAGUGUAACCAGACGGACGUGUUCGUACGUUCGUCGUGUUUGUUCUAUACCGUGAAGCGGCAUUUAAAACGACACUCCAACAAAAGUGUCCACCGUGAAAUGUAAUGAAAAGUUGCAUAAAAAGAGAGCUUGGCGUAGGAACAUUUUCUACUUAGAGAGCAACACAAAAACAAAGGUGUGCAAAAGAUGUGAAUGCAGGAUAUCGGCAGGGAUACUAUUUUCGCUGGGUGUGCUCUUUUCAGUGCAGGAAGUAGCAACAGUCGGUGCAGGCGGUAAAUGAAUUACACCGUGGAAAACGUUUUAAAGUUUGUGAGUGGAAACGUGUAGCAUAGCUACACGAUCGUGGAAAUAAAGCGUUUCACUAAAGCCUGUUUUAGCGGUGCAAUAAAAAGUGCGAGCAGUGUGAUUGUUUACUAGUGUCAAAACCAACGCGUUCUUCUGCUGCUAUGGCUACUGCAACGGCAGCCACGUCCGCUUCGUCUAGCAAUCAGCAACAGCAUCUGCAAACUUACGACGAUGAUGAUGAGUUCCAGGAUGCAUGUGAUGCUGAAACUGCCUCUGGAUCUUGCGCUCUAGAUUUAGAUACAGCGCUAGCAGAGGCAAAGAUAGCAGUCGAUCUAUUUUUUAACAAUAAGUUCAACGAAGCAGAAGCCCUUAUGAAACCACUGGCGACAUCAAGCAUGUACCAUUCCGUUGGACACAGUGUGUUCACCUAUCUGGAAGCUAUGCUUACGUUCGAGCAGCAACACAUAGCAGCCGCGUCGGAAGCGCUUAAACAGUGUCUAAACGUUUGCAAUCGUUAUCGAAAGAAGAGCACGCUUACGGAGACGAUAGGCAAAACCUUUAAGAAAGUGAAUUAUGAUCAGUAUACUGAUUUGGAAGCACACGCAGAGCUUUGCUCCGCCGAGGCUUUGCUACUGAAAGCGAUGCUGACGUUUAUUGAGGAUGAGACUCUAACCAGCUUGAUUAAGGGCGGAAUGAAGAUUCGCAAUUGCUUUGCGAUGUACAAGGAAUGCAAUAACAUUCUUACUCAUCGCCAAUGGCAAUCGGAAAGUUCGAAGCUACACUUCGAGAGCGGCGUGCGAAUGGGCUUGGGCACGUUUAAUCUUAUGAUAUCUUUGCUACCGGCGCGGAUUAUAAAACUGUUGGAGUUUAUUGGCUUUUCCGGCAAUAAGCAAUCGGGAAUGCAAGACCUAAUUACCGGUUCACAAAGCGAAGGCAUUCGACAGGUGUUGUGUGUGAUGACAUUACUCGGGUACAAUCUGAUUGUGUGUUAUGUGCUGAGCCAUAAGGAAGGCGAUUUACGCUUUUGCGACGAACUGCUGGUAAAACAGCUGAAUCAGUAUCCGGACGGCGUUUGGUUCCUGUUUUUCAAAGGUCGUCUGGAGUUCAUGAAGGGCAAUCUCGACGAUGCGCUUAAAUGGUAUAAGAAAUCUUGGAAGUCACAAAACGUGUGGCCACAGUUUCAUCAUCUGUGCUUUUGGGAACUGCUUUGGGUUAAUUGUUUACGACUGAAUUGGCGUGAGUCGUUACUGUUCGCGACGUACCUUGUUGAGAACAGCAAGUGGUCGCGCACGAUCUACACAUAUCAGAAGGCAUCAAUCAUGUGUAUGCUGAAGACGGAGGAAUUACAUUCGAGCGAGAUUCGGACAAUCGCCACACUGAUGAAGGAGGUGCCAAAGUACAAGCAACGGAUAGCGGGCAAAUCGUUGCCGAUGGAGAAGUUUGCCUGUAAAAAGACUGAACGGUUCUUCGCUCAGCAGUCGUUCCUGUACGUACCCGCGUUGGAGUUGAUGUUCGUGUGGAAUCUGUUCAAGAUACUGGGCAAACAUUUCCAUUUAGCGGACGGCGUCUAUCGAAUAGUGGAGGAGAAUCUCAAUCAUUACGGCGAACGUGUUAACUCCAAGUCAAACCCGGCGUUUGGCGUUUAUGCGGCGGAUAAUAAAGCGUUGCUGUUGCUUUUGAAAGGCGCCUGUUUGCGGCAGAUGAACAGUCCGUUGCAAGCCACACGGUGCCUUGAGGAGGUGAUUGCCCUGUACAAAGAUAUUAAAGAAGACCAUUAUCUGGUACCUUAUGCAAUUGUAGAGCUGGCAUUGAUCUAUAUCGAUCAAGGAAACAAAGAUCAAGCCAUACUAGCUCUAGAGGAUGCUAAGAAAAAUUACAGUGGUUAUUCGCUCGAGUCACGGUUGCACUUCCGAAUACACACGGCCCUGAUGGAGCUAAAGGGCAAAAGCUACGAAAACAUUCCUUCUGGGGCAGAAUGAAGGAGCAGCACCUGACGCCUUCACCAUGACACUAUUCUACGAUGAAAUAAAACACGAAACAGAAAGUGAACCAAACAACGAGUAUUCGAAGUGAGACCAAACCAAAUGUGUCAUUUUUUAAAAGUUCAUCCAAAGUAAUUUCUGCAUGAAUAGGAGCUUAUGGACAUAGUACUAAUUCUACGUCAUACGGAAUCGAUUCCUAGUCAUGAUGUCGCAGAGUGACCAUCUAGCUCAAGCAUUUACGAUACGAGCUCUUAAUAUUUGUUUUAGCAUUACAACUGUUUUUAUUUGUUGCUCACUUUCCAAUUUAAAUCGAUAUUAUAAAUUCGGGUACAGAUAAUUCAAAACCAUAAAUCCUUAUACCAAACAGAAUAGGUAGUUUUGACGGCAUAGGUAUUAUUUUAAUUGAUGUACUUUGUACGUGUGGCAGAUUGUAGAUACAUCUUCUAGCCCAUAGUUUCGCUAGUCAAGGGUUUAACACUAGCAAUGUAGUAGAUUAAAAAACUUAGAUUCAAAGUUUUUAUGUUCAGGGUUGGUUGAUAGGAAAAAAUAAAAUCUUAUAUCAUUCAGAAGAUCAAAGCAUAACUCAUGGGUCGUACUGUAUUCUGUUUGUAUAUAUGAAAAAUAAAUAAAGUAUGUAACGUGAUGCAAACUAUAA